AUGCCAGAUCAAGUUCUGAGUUUGCCGACCUCGUGUUUCCUAGUAGACUUGGACAAGGUAAAAAGGAACGCACAGGUGAUGCAAGACAUGUGCGACCGUCUUGGGGUACAAUUACGACCGGAUACAAAGACUCACAAAACUGCGGAAGCAGCGGAUAUUCUAAGUGGUGAACGGAGAAGAUGUAUUGCCGUUUCUACAUUGGCAGAUGCAGACACGUAUGCAGAUAAUGGAGUUGAUGACAUUCUUUAUGCCUUUCCUAUAACGAGUAACAAAAUACCAAGAUGUCAUCAGCUUCACAACAAGCUGAGUGCAUUUCACGUGAUGCUUGACAGCAAGGCAGGGUAUGAGACUCUGGAGGCCAUGCCACCUGAAGGCAAGAAACCCUUGAGUAUGUACCUUGAAAUUGAUGUCAAGUAUCAUAGAAAUCUCAUGCAAAAGGGCAUCGGUUCAUGUUCGAUGGAUGAUAUUGCUGGGCGUGUUGCAACCAGAGUGAUUGGCCACAAAGUUGACCUAAACAUUCUGAUAAUCGACUGUUGAUUUCUCGCCAUAAGUAAAGACGGGAUGGAAAACAAUUUGCCAAAUGGUCCUUGGAUGAUUCAAGACAACCCGAAACUCCGACUUGUUGGUUUGAGUCAAGAACUUGGGAAGGUAGCCGCUACGGAAGGGAAAAUUGAUUUCUCCAUACAUCCAAUUGAAUAAAUGAUGUUUAUCUUUCCUUAUCACUCGUGUGCUAAUGCUGCUAUGCAUCCGGUCUAUUUCGUCUUUUCUGGAGAUAACAUCAAUGCAGUUUGGAGGCCGACUCGUGGAUGGUGACACUUGGAAAUUAAUCUUCCAUGAUGAAGAAAGAUAUUCUCCAGAGUUGGA